AUGUCUGAAAAACAAGGAGGACUCGGCGAAGUGUGUGACCCAGCCCUGGGAGAUCAGGCUUGCUUAGACUCAAACGCGGAAUGUGUUGAUGAUGGAACAGGCACAGGCGUCAUGGUCUGCCGAUGCAACUAUGGAUUCGUGCAACACGCAGGGAUAUGCAUACACAGGGAGAUUCUGCUCCUGAACACCAUCAUCAUGAUAUUCGAGCUGAUUGCCACAAUCACCAUUGUGAACGCCUUGGUUUAG